UGUCAAAUAUAGGUUCUGUUUAGGUUAUGUUAUGAGAUUGUUGUAGUGAAAUAGAAAAGAAGAAUAAAGUAUACCUUUAAAAACCAACAGAUUUAAAAUGCUUCCCCACAAUUAUCUUUUAAAACGCACACUUCCUAUAGUGGUUCAAUGCGCAGGUGCUCACCGAAAACCCCGCUGGCUUCCUGUCGCAAAAAGCAAAAUUUACCGAAUCCCAAAGCGCCCAGAGUUAUCAGAGGAGGAACGUAUAGAGUUGCUACGAAUCAACAACAAUUAUCACACACAAAUGCGGGCUAUACGGCGUUUUUAUCAUGAAGAAAUGAUUAAAGAGAAGUCUACAUUAGAGAGUGCUAGUUCAGAGAUGUCUAUCAAAGUGGAGGCUGAGGAAUGGGAGCGGUGCAUCAAGGUGAACGAGGAGUGGAACGCUACGGUGGCCGCGGAGCGGGAGGAGCGCCGCAAGCAGCAGCUGGCGGAGCGGGAAGAGUUCAUCCUCUCCCGAAUGCAGAAAAAAGAUGAGUUAAUGAGGCAACGCAUUGAAAAGGCGUCACAGGAGAUUAGAAAACAGAAGGAAUUAAGUUCCACAUUCAUCACCCCAGAGACCCUGGACGAGGCCAUCGAGAGAGCCCUGGCCAACCCUAUUGACUACAACUUUGCCAUUGACCUGCAGGGCAACCAGAUACCUGGCAGAGAAACACCAGUGCCUACCAAGGAAAAAGCAAAAGCUGCUAGUACAUCAUAAU